AUGGGUUCAAUUGUUCUACCACAUUUGAACACUGGCUGGCAUGUCGACCAAGCUAUCCUCUCGGAAACUGAGCGCGUCGUCGCCAUUCGUUUCGGCCGCGAUCAUGACCCCGAAUGUAUGCGACAAGACGAGGUUCUAUAUCGCAUCGCAGAUAGAGUAAAGAACUUUUGCGUCAUCUAUGUCUGCGACAUCGACCAAGUACCCGAUUUUAACCAGAUGUAUGAAUUAUAUGACCCUUGCACCAUCAUGUUUUUCUACCGAAACAAGCACAUGCUAUGCGAUUACGGCACGGGAAAUAACAAUAAGCUCAACUUUGUCCUCGAAGACAAGCAAGAGCUAAUUGAUAUCAUCGAGACGGUCUAUAAGGGCGCCAAGAAAGGUCGCGGUCUGGUCGUCAGUCCAAAAGACUAUUCAACACGAUAUCGGUAUUAG